GCGAUAAAGCAGCGAGCGACGGUUUCAGUAAAGAAACAUGGCACCGGUAGAGUUCACGGUUUCUGCUGAAGUUUAACCGAACAGCCCUCUGCUCUUUUAUUAACCGAGUUGUGCGAGAGGGUUUCUCUGUUAAGAAGCAGCUUGGACGAUGUUCGUCGCGAAAAGCAUCGCGGCGGAUCAUAAAGAUCUGAUUCACGAUGUUUCUUAUGACUUUCACGGUCGGAGGAUGGCGACCUGCUCCAGCGAUCAGAGCGUCAAGGUCUGGGACAAAGGGGACGAUGGAGAAUGGCAUUGUACUGCUAGCUGGAAGACUCACAGUGGCUCGGUGUGGAGGGUGACGUGGGCUCACCCUGAGUUUGGUCAGGUGCUGGCGUCUUGCUCCUUUGACCGCACCGCAGCUGUGUGGGAAGAGAUCGUCGGGGAAUCCAACGACAAGCAGCGGGGGCAAAGCCACUGGAUCAAGAGGACCACGCUGGUGGACAGUCGGACGUCGGUGACCGACGUGAAGUUUGCGCCGAAGCACAUGGGCCUGAUGCUGACCACCUGCUCCGCGGACGGCGUGGUGCGCAUCUACGAGGCCCCCGACGUGAUGAACCUCAGCCAGUGGUCUCUGCAGCACGAGAUCUCCUGCAAGCUCUCCUGCUCCUGCAUCUCCUGGAACCCCUCCAGUUCCCGAGCUCAUCCUCCGAUGAUCGCCGUGGGCAGUGACGACGGCAGCGUCACCUACAGUGGCAAAGUGCAAAUCUAUGAGUACAACGAAAACACCAGGAAGUACGCCAAAGCGGAGACGCUGAUGACCGUGACCGAGCCGGUUCACGACAUCUCCUUCGCUCCUAAUCUGGGGAGAUCCUUCCACGUGCUGGCCAUAGCCACCAAAGACGUCCGUGUUUUCAAGCUUGUACCUUUAAGGAGAGAGAGCGUCAGCAGCUCUGGUCCCACUAAGUUUGAGGUGCAGGUGAUGGCUCAGUUCGACAGUCACAACUCUCAGGUGUGGCGCGUGAGCUGGAACAUCACCAGCACUCUUCUGGCCUCCUCUGGAGACGACGGAUGUGUGCGGCUCUGGAAAGCUAACUACAUGGAUAACUGGAAGUGCACGGGGAUCCUGAGAGGAGACGGCAGCCCGGUGAACGGCUCUUCUGGACACGCUGCGGCUCUGAGCGCGGCCGGCGUCCCUGGAGCCGCUCAGAUGGUCGCCGGGGCCGCUUCUGCUGGCAGAAAAAAAGCUCAGCUGAUGCCAGGCUAACGGCAUGCCGUGCUGAUUGGCUGUUUGCUGCAUGCUCGGGAUUGGACCAAGACCUCACUGACCCUCACCUGAACUCUCGUCUAGCUACUAAUCCACCGAAGGAGCCGUGCGGCGUGUUCAGCGCCACCUGCCUGACAAAGAGCCUUUACUGUGUGCUUCUAAACCAGUUAUACACUAAACCCGAUUCCCAUCGAUACUGACCUACUUAUUAAUCGUCCUGACGUCAUGCGGUACUACUCACGUAUUUAUUUUAACACAGUCGGGUCAAUUUCCACGAGUUUAGUCUGCAUUCGCACCGAGCAUGUCGUAUGUAGCAGCGUUUAAAGGAGCAGUUCACCCAAAAUCGAACUAUAUUGUUAACAUUUUUUCUUCUGUGAAACGCAAAAGAUGACAUUUUUUGAACUCCUCGUUUAUCUGGUAAAGGGUGAACCGUGCCGUGGGUUUGAAGCCGCUAGCAUGCAGUGUGGACAGCAGAGGGAGACACUAUCAUUCAGAUCUGCUCAAAACAUGCCCUUGGAAUUACUAACAUACUACGUUUUAAUUGGUCACUCGCUGAAUUAGCAGAUGUCUUUUGUUACAGGAACCCAGAUCGUGCUAAGAAACUAUCUGGAUGUUGUGCAUCUUAGCGGGCAAUGAUGAAACCUCUGACACGGUAUCUCUGUUAAUAGACAAAAAGUUUCACAAUUCAGGAGUUGGGUGCAUAAGUAGUGGACCCUAAAUCAAAAGCUGGACCCUGAUCGUUAUAUACUGGAGAUAUUAAGAGCGCGUUCCCCUUGAAGGGCCACUUCAGACGGGAAUUCAAAAGGAGCGCGUACAAACAGUUCUUCAAAUGAACGCAACUUUUGCGAGUGUGCUUUUUAUAAAAUAAAGUUUGUUUUUCAGUUCUGA